GGGAAGAGCUGCGGGAGGAAAAGUCACGUGACUCCUCUCCACGCCCCUUCUUUGGCCUGGCAACAGCGCGCGCACGGGACGAUAGGCUAGUGACGUCACCGAAAAAUGGUGAGACCGCGCACAAAUACGGAAUUUCAGCUACUGUGCUAACACCGGAAGUCCGCGACACAUAAUUGGCAGUAACGGCAAAAAUCAGCUCCAGCAAUAGCAACAUAUGAAAAUUACAUCCACAUGGCUCAUAUUACUCUAUGAUUGGUCAUCAUUUUACACCGGCUGAGAUUUGCACCUGUCUCUGUAUAUUAGGCUGGGCACUGAGUGCCAGUUGGGCUGUGGACAUGUAGUGUGGAUCUGAAAUCUAAAGUGCCUAAAGUGCAACAAUGAAAAAGAAGUCAGAAUCCAAGAGUGUCGGCCCUGUGAGAGAAGAGGAGUCUUCUCCAUGGAAUGGGAUUACCCUCAAUAGAUGUCUAGCUGUUGCUGCUAUUGCCGCCCUUCUGAGUAUGGGUUUUCAGGUGCUGCAAGAUGCUGUUGAUGAUGAUGACCUAGCAGAUGUAGAAGCUGAAGCCUGGACUCAACCCGAUCAAAGUGAUGAACUUGCAGAGCCAUGGGUUUUUGAAGCCUGGUUUGGUUCAUCGAAAGCAGAAUUGCCUGAAGUGGAGCAACCAGGAUCUCCUGAUAUUGAAGAACCAGACCUUCCAAUAGAGGAAGAAGAAGAGCCACCACCUGUAGUUGAAGAACAGGAACUAACCAUAGAAGAAGUAGCUGAAACAACUGAAACUGACGAAGAAUCACCACACUUUAAGAAAACAGAGGAAAGAAAAGACAGUGAAAAACUAAAUGGACAAUGGGGGAUAAAGCCCAAAAGCAAAUACAUGGAAGCCAAAGUCGGCAAGAUAAAAAUAGCAACUGAGGAUGAUUCUCAGAGAAGGGAUAUAUUUCCGUUUCAUAAGAAACCAAAAGAACUAAUCAAGUCUUUUGAAGAUGCCAAAGACAAGUCAUACAAAGAAAAAAGUUACCAGAAAAAAUAUGAUGAAAAGAAACAUGAUCACUCAAAGAAACAGGAUUUUGGAAAGCCAUACAAAAAUCAAAAAGAGGAGCAACAUAAAUAUGUCAAACAAGACAAGGGGAGAAAAGUUGAAAAGGAAUAUAAGGGAAAUAAGCAAUAUCCCCAGGACAAGGAAUACAAGAGGAAACAUGAUUCACGAAAUUAUGGUUAAUGCUUCUUAGGAGCACAUUUAUUAAGACCAGCGUCUUAAUAAGGCCCUGUGCGCCAGCCUCUACAUAAC